CUUCAUCGCAUACCAUCAUAAUGGUCAUGGACCCGCUGCCCUCCACUCAUACAACCACGCUAACCAUUGCAUGGCUCCCAAAGGAUAGCCAAGUUUGCUGUGUUGACACUGUGGGCAAUGCAAACGCAGUGUUUCAUAUCAAAUUAGUUAUACUUUAAGAGGAUGAUUCCCUGUGCGGACAACCUGACUUAACCACACUACAGGGUGAAUCAAUAUGCUACAGUACCAUGUCCUAGCUCUGUCGUCGUGACACACGAAAUGGGCAUGUUUUCACAUUCGUCGUCACACCCAGCUCAAGCAAGGGGGGCUGCUAAUCAAAACAACGCUAACCUAUAUACGGGCGGCUUCUAAGACAAAUGUUUAGUAUUUUCUUCCCUGGCAACUUAGAAUUCACCAUAUAUCUCUCUGGAUUCAUGAUCGGUUCGACUACCAACCAUGGGUCCAAGGUCCACUACCGAAACCGAGCACAGAGUCAGUGUCAUCGCGUUCCAGAGUCUCAAUAGUCGAACUGGCCAUGAAGAAGGCUCUGCCCAGUUUGAAGUCAAUGACUGUAACAUGUAUCUACAUUUCGUUCCGAAGAGCAGAGAUGAAGCUCCAUACCUCGACUGCCAAUUGACUCUCCCAAGACUAUCUCAGACAGGGAUUCGCUGCCAUGACUUCGACGCACUCAUUACGGAAACUUCGCUCCAGAGUUUUAAUAUCCGACCGGAUAUAACAAAUGAUCCUAGAGCAUCGCGUUUUAUCUUUCAGUCCUACCUUCCCAGAGGGUCAUACAAAGGCGUGACCAACUGGGUGCCGACUGGGUUAGCCGAUCGGUUGGACAGUUCUAACAGGUAUAAUGGAUGUGAAAUUGUUGCUUUGGUUCUGAAGUUGAGAAAGCGCUUGGAAGUUCUGAUGCUGAGGGACCCAGUCAAGCCUACUACGCACAGCGGUCUGGAAGCCAUCAACGCGCUUUCCGUAGCUACUAAAGAUAGCAUUGUGCGGUUCUUCAUUCGUUACGAAAACGACCGGCACCUUAGCAGGCAUUGGUUGAUUGACUCCGUAAACAACGGCUUCUUUUCGCAGAGUAGAAUCCCCCUGAGCAGGCCCCGCUACCAUAUCGGGGCUGACUCAGUGCUCAAAGCUGGCAGUGCUGUCGACUGGGGAUCAUUUGUGCUGGCUGGCGACCCAUCUGAACGAGGACAGACUACGCUACAUAGCUUACCGCCGACCCUAUAUCGAAGCACGAACAUACCUACCGGGCCGUCCAAUAAUCUCGCCCAAUCGAAACGUGAAAGAAGUUCCAGUUCACCGCGAACGUCUACCAACAGUACAGUGACGAAAAGAGCCGCUUUAUCUUCACCAGCGGCCGAUGAGCUUUUGAAGCGAAGCCGAGAAGAUUAUGCCCGGUCAGUGCUAUAUGACCGACAUGUCGAUGGUCAACCAAGCUCUGCAGUACUAAGCAACCACUUCUACCAAGACCCAACAGUCAAAUCAGCGCCAUCACGUACCUCACAAACGUUACCAGAGCUCUCACCCGACAGGGACGAAUCCAAGCCUGUCCAGCUCGACAGUCACCAAAGCAACAUACGUACGGUAAUCCCACUGCAUAAUCGAAGAACUCCUAUUUGUGGCGCUAUGAGCAGUCAGUUAUCUCAAACUGUCGAGAAUGAUGACAGCAGUCGAGGUAGUAAUCAUACACCCACGCCAGUCUGCACCUCGCAAAGAAGCGAAUUCCGUGUCUCAAACAGCCAAUUCUCCAAUCCUGUGCAAUCUAGUGAUCAUCAAACUGGCAUGACCGACCGCGAUAGACCUGUACUGAGUCUUGAGAUCCCCGAUACCAGCUCUGGUCAUUUCACCAAACCAGACUCUGCAAAGGAGGUCUCCAGAAAGCGCAUGAUCCACCGAUUGGAGACACUUACGUGCAAUGCACUAGAGAAAAACAUGGAUGGAGAAGAAGACAACCAGGUGCAAUGUAUGCUUAGCCAGCUGCUAGACUUGGUAAAGGUUGGGGACGAGAAAGCAUUCAACAGACUAUGGAGUAAGGUUCAAGUUAGGGUUGGACUGUACACAUGAAGUCUCGAAAGGGCUUGAAAAAGUAUGAUGGUGUCAUGGAAGGGGCAUCUUGAACUCUGCGCCAGGGAUAUCAAUGUAGGGGGACUGUUGACUGCAUACAAGGUUAUGAUAAACAGCUCGUACAACGCUCUUCGUAAAGCGUCAAUCGGAUUUAGUAUCUGCAAAAGGGACCUGGCAUGUUUGUGAGUCUGUGAUUGAAAGGGAACGGAGAGACAUUUCCACCUACAAGAUCUUUAAUAGGGAAGCUUGGACAUUCUUGUAGUAUCGUUCACUGUUAGACAAGUGACAGGGAUAACGAAAAAGCUAUUAAUACUCAC